GCUCUCUCAACGCCUCCACGACGACGCGCAAUGCAGCGCGCGCAUCCAGCGCAGUACUGGACGGAUGCUCAAGCAGGCUGGCAUGGGUGUUUGAUUGCGCCCACGCAAAAGCUGGUCGAGAUAAUGGGCACAGCGGGAGACUCGGCGGAAGAGACCAUUGGGACAGUAAGCCAGACCUUUGCCUGGCGCGGUAUUCAUGCUAUCCAGCACGACCCAACUUUCUAUGCCGCGCGGCAUAGCCAACAUGUCUUGGCUUGGCGGAGAGAUGGGCGCAGCUGGCUACGGAAGGGGGCACAGAGGGCUCUGCAAUCGAAGGGUGUUUGCGGCAAGCGGACCCCGCGGAAGCUGGCAGUCAAGCUAUGCAUAUGUACAACUCCACGUCACGAGAACUUAGAAGCCAGGAGCGGCCAAAGGCCACUGGAAGGGCUAGCAGCGUAG